GAAAUCCUCACACAACUCCUGUGUCCUUGUUGGGAGGUAAGAGUACUGUACUCCAUAUCCCACAAUUGUGCCACCAACAGGCAGCUUCCAAGGACAAGGAUUUUUCUUGUAGCUCCAAGGUUCAGAGCAACACCUUGCUUUGAGAAGAAGACUACGUCCCCUUUACAGUGCCAAGCCAUCCAGCUGAGAGGAAAGUGUACAAGGUGUUUAAGAGAAACUCCCAAUCCCUCUUCCAAUUUGUGUUGAGAGCAAAGCAAUUGCUGAAGUGCGCCUUCUCCAUGCCCUUGGAAAAGAUGAAAGAACUGAAGCUGGACUGGGAUGUGAAACGAUUUGAAGUUGGUGAGGUGAGAGGGAUUCCUCUUACAAAGGAGAUCUGUGACAAGUGGCAUAAAAUCUGGGCUUUCCAAGCCAAGCCUGAUGACCUGCUCAUAGCAACAUAUGCAAAGGCAGGCACAACAUGGACACAGGAGAUUGUAGACAUGAUCCAAUGUGACGGCGACAUUGAGAAAUGCAAGCGUGCUUCCACUUAUGAGCGGCAACCUUUUAUCGAAUGGGUGCUGCACAAGACUUUGCCCACUGGCUUGGAUAAAGCUGAAGCCAUGCCCUCACCAAGAACACUGAAAACUCAUCUUCCUGUACAACUGGUGCCUCCGUCGUUCUGGGAACAAAACUGUAAGGUCAUCUACGUGGCAAGAAAUGCCAAAGACAAUCUAGUUUCUUAUUAUCACUUCCACAGAAUGAAUCAAGUGAUGCCUGAGCCAGGAACAUGGGAGGAAUUUUUUCAGAAAUACAUAGAUGGAAAAGUGCUCUGGGGUUCCUGGUAUGAUCAUGUAAAAGGCUGGUGGGAGGCGAAAAACAAGUACCGGAUUCUUUACCUCUUCUAUGAAGAUAUAAAAGAAAAUCCAAGGUGUGAAAUUCAGAAGAUCCUGCACUUCCUGGAGAAGGACCUAGAAAAGGAGGUUCUAGAUAAGAUAAUCCAUUACACACAAUUUGAAGUCAUGAAAGAUAAUCCCAUGGCAAACUACACCUUUAUGCCUCAAGAGAUACUGAACCAUUCAAUCUCCCCAUUCAUGAGAAAAGGAACUGUUGGGGACUGGAAGAACCAUUUUACUGUGGCACAAAAUGAGAAAUUUGAUGCAGAGUAUAAAAAGAACAUGGCAGGAACUUCUCUGACUUUCCGCAUGGAACUUUAAGAAGGAACAGUGUAAACUCUAUUAUCCUAUUAGUAUGUUACUUUAUUAAAAACACAACCUUAUAGAAUACAUAUUUGCUUGAGAGCAAGCCCAAUUAAACUUGGUAUAGCUUAGUUCUGAGAAGACAUGCAUAGGAAUACACUGCAGAAGUCUUAAUCCAUCACACUUUCUUGUACAAAUCCUUUUAUACUUGCUGGUCUUCAUUAUCUUCUUCAGUAUAAAGUAGGCUAUACUGUAGCAGUCAUUUCAACUUAAAAUGUGAAUUGAAGAUCGGGUUUCUGCUUGCUUAAUGGCAGUUUUGGCUCCCCACUCUCUCUCAGUCUCUAACACAGAAUUUGGGGAGUAACUUUUGUGUGUGUGUGUAAAGCAGAAGUUUGGAAAGGUUUGUCCUUGGCGUGAAAAGAGGAUCCUUUCAUCCCUUCAUUUUUUUCAUAUUCAAAGCGAUUUCUUGUGCCAAUUCCUAGGGUUCCCAACUGGUUUAUUUCAGGGGAGAGCAGGUGGGGGACUGUCCUGGAGGCAGAAUGAAAAACAACGCUGGAAUGGGAUUGAGAGUUUCCCAAUCCAGCAUUUUCUUCUCUUCUGCCUCUGAGGCAGCCCCACCUCACCCAUUUCUUCUUGAAAUGAUCCCUCCAUUCUCCACUCCACUUCAAAUGAAAUAAAUAAAUAUAUCCUAUGUCUUCACUCCUGUCUCUCAGCACCCCUGUCUCCCUUGAUCAGUUUUUGUCCUCUCCUCCUCGGACUUGCUCAGGAAGAACAAAAGGUCAUACAGGAGUUGCUCGUUGUGACAGAGAUGGCAGGACAUGCUUGUUGGGUUUUCUAUUCCUCCCACUGUGUGGAUCACAUGUCUGUGUUAUGAAUUCCUAGCACUGAUUGUUGGAAUCAAGGGAGUGGAUAUUUACUUUAUUCUGUUUCCGUUUGUUACUUUCUUCUUCAGCAAGAAGAGACAUGUUUUCCUUUGUUCUGUCUUACGCUUAAUAAAGUUGUUUUAGUGCACACAACCUCA